AUGGAUAAGGGAUUAUCAAAUAUGUCUAUUGAAACAAUAAGCUAACCCGAAAUAGUAGAAGGAAAACCCUAAAAGAUUCUUGUGGAUAAAGCUACCCAGACAGAUGAAGUGAAAUUUGUGAAAGUUUAAAAGAUUAAUUUCGGGUCAUUAAUAUUUUUAUUGUUGGGGGUCGUCAUUUCAUUUGUGAUCUACGUGGAUAUACAAGGCAAACUUAACAUCCAGUAAUAGCAACUGGAGUAAAAGCGAAAAGGAUGUAUUUUAGAUUAUGAGAAAUAAAAAUGUUUUCUACAAUUGCCGGCAUAAAAGAUCUUUUGCAGAGAAUUGGAAUUAUGUAUAAAUGUGGAUUGGGAAUUGCAAAGAGGAAUCGAAUUGAGUGGGAUCAUAGCUGAUAUGUUGAACAAUUUCAUCGAUCGAAUAAAUCUAAGAACUUAUUUUCUAUUGAUAAUUCCAUUUAUAGCUAUAUCCUUAGGAAUAAUAAAAAUAAUCUUUAAAUGA